AUGCGAUUCGGCAGGAACCUGCACCACCGGCGAGUCCCCGCCUGGACGGAAUGCUACAUUGACUAUUCUCGCUUGAAGGCCCUGGUCAACACCCAGGCAUCUCUCAUAGAUCUCAACAAAGCUAUCCACCUUGAGCUGGAGAUUGUUGACAAGUUCCUUUCUGUCCAAGAAAGCAACAUCGAAGCCAAAAUCUAUACUCUGAGUAAGCAUUGGGGCAUCACGAUUGGCUCAACGGAACCACUCGAGUAUAGUGGCGUCUCCCCGUUGGAGCUAGAAGACCUACAGAGCUCAUUGUUGGAGUGUGCCUACGACGUCGCCCAAUGUCACCAUUUUGCCAAGGUCAAUCACGAUGCUCUGUCUCAUAUCCUCGACAAGGCCGCCGUCACCUACAGUUUGGAAGAACCACUCGAUAUCAAUAUCCCUCCAAGGCUUGUUCGCCAUGGCCAAUCUUCUUUCCAUGACGCAUGGCUCACCCGGCUAAACGCAAACCUGCAACUCGUGCGAGAAGCUAUGGAACUAGAAGACGCAGGCACGUCUUCACGGUCAUUGCUUCUUGAGCUUUAUGGAAUGCACCUUUUUCCACCCGAAACUAUGCAGUGCCUGCGCGAGGAUGAUGCUGUAAACUUAAAGGCAGCUCUGAAUCGUCAAUACUCGACUUCCUCCCCGGAAAAGCAAUUGGUUCUCGCACGACUAGUUCAAGUCGCCACCAUUUAUCGAUCAUCCAGAUGCCGGAGUACUUGUCUGUCUAGUCUUCGGCCCUACCUAGGUGAAACCGUCAGCCCCAGGCACGAUGAGUAUUUGCAUCAUAUCGUACAGCAAUUCACCCGCUUUCAGCCGCCUUUGGACAAUUUCUCGGCAACAAAUGCCUUUCACCAGGUUCUGAAGCUCCUCCACCCAAGCCAACUCCCUCUACUGCAAAGUCAAGACACCUUAGGCCGUCUACCCCUUCAUCAUGCAGCUCGCCUAGGUCUUCAUGGGGUAUGUAAAGAAAUCAUAGCCGCCAUCCGAAACCCGGCCCUUGAACCUGUUACAGAACAAGUUCGUAUUUGCCCGGAUACUUUCGGUCAAACGCCGUUGGACUACGCGGUUCGGCACGGUCAUACAGCUGUGGUUGAACUUUUACUUUUGGAACAUAAGUCCCAAAAUUUUUCGGAUAGGCUUGAUACGGUCGAAGAAUCAGACCUCCUCGCGACAGCCAUAUCGUCCGAGUUCAAGGACAUUGCCAUGCGACUGAUCCAGGAAGGCUGGGGCUCGCGAUUUGUUAGCAAAUCCGGCAAGACUGUCCUGCAUUUGGUUUCGGAACAUGGACUCACAGACUUGGUUAACGGCCUGGUUGCGCUAAAAGUGGACAUCAACGCCCAAGACAGUGCCAGAGGGUGGACGCCCCUCGUUACCGCUUGCGUACAGGGACAUGCCAAUAUGGUCGAGGCGCUUCUUCAAGCUGGUGCAGAUACUGACAUACCGGAUUCGCAAGGGUGGCUAGCCAAGGAUCAUGCCGCGUAUAGGGGCCACAUCAAGAUUAUGAACGCGAUCAAAGCACAUGGCUCGCUCGCUUUAACGUCCAAACCUGGGAAACGAUAUGGUGGAGCGACCAUUUUACCUCGACGCUCAUCAACCGACUCCGUCAUUUUCAUCCACCUAGGGACGCUAGACCUUUUCAAGAGAGCAGCCGAGGUCGAUGUUACAUCAUACAGGAGACGCAUAUCACCAGUUCAACUACCUGAUACGUGCCUGGAUCUUAACAUCUCCCUUGACGGAGACCUCAACCAGCAAGCGUACACAGUCUCUCUUCCAAUUACCUCAGAAAUGUCUGACAAACCUUGGUGCUUCACAGCUAAAGAUCCAGACAGCGCAGCUAUUGUCUUUCAACUCACAAGCUCGUUGGAAGAAAAACCCAUUGGGACGGGUGUCGCACUUCUCGGCAGCCUAAAGGAAGCUUUGGGAGCAAACCGCGAGAGUCUAGUAAGGGACUUCACUAUACCACUUGUCAGUGACAGAUAUGGCCACGUCGGAACAGUGGUUUUCAGCUUUGUCAUCGCUCGCCCCUUUAAGCACGUACAACGCCCACCGAUGGACCCCCAGGUUCUCCAACUAGAGUCCUCAUCGACUCUGGGUGGUCAUCGCGGAAACGGACAGAACAGCAACUCACCCUGCUUACAAGUUGGAGAGAAUACGCUUCAGUCAUUCCAAACCGCUAUUGACCACGGGGCUGAUGUUGUCGAAUUUGGUAUGGCUAAGCUACCGGUCUGCGUUCUUCGUCUCCAGAAACAUCAUCUAACGUUACUCGCAGACGUUCAGUUGACCAAAGAUGAUAUCCCAGUCAUCUACCAUGACUUCAUCGUGGCUGAGAAAGGCUCCGACGCGCCCAUGCACACGCUUACCUUCAAGCAAUUCAUGGCCAUCAGCGAUGCGCAGUCCGCCUCGCAACUGCCCACCACUGCUUCCUCCAGGCUGCCUUGGGAUGAGCGCGACCGUCCUCGUGUCCUUCCAAGCCCGCGACGCAGUUCACUUUGUGCACCGCUAGACAGCGCCACUAAAGCGCUUGUCAGCCAGAUGGAACACACGUUAAACUACCCCAAUUACAAAGCUAAUCUCAGGAACUACAGUAUCCACGAGCCCUUUGUCACGCUUGAACAGCUAUUCCAUAACCUGCCGGAGGAGGUCUCGUUUGAUAUUGAACUCAAAUAUCCCAUGCUUUACGAAGCGGUUGAUUUUCAAAUGGACGUUUUUGCGUCAGAAGUUAAUCAUUUCCUUGACUCGAUCCUCGCUGUGACAUAUGCGCACGCAGGACCUCGUCGCCGAGUCAUCUUCACAUCGUUCAGUCCGGAGAUAUGCAUGGUGCUCUCGGUAAAGCAGCAGACAUACCCCAUCCUUUUUCUGAACGAUUCGUCAAACUGGCCGACAGGGGAUAUGAGAGCGACAAGUCUGCAGACUGCUAUCCGCUUCGCUCAUAAGUUCGGCCUGGCUGGAGUGGCCAUGGCGUCCGAGCCGUUCGUUGCGAGCCCCGGCCUGGUAGAAUUCGUGAGAAAGCAAGGACUGUACACAGCUACAUACGGACCAUUGAAUAAUGACACUAGAUGCAUAGAGGUAUUAAGAAAGAGAACAAGAAUCUUAAACUGA